UUUGUUUCAGCCCCCCCUCACCCGCCUGCUGGCCCCCCCUCCAACUCUGUCCCUCCGCCCCCCGGCUCCUGCUCUCUCCGCCUAGCCUUUUCCCCUCCCAGCUGCCUGCCUGCCAGGGGUAGUGAGCCGGCUGAGAGGCAUGGAGACGCAGGAACUUCGGGGGGCCCUGGCUCUUCUCCUCCUUUGCUCUUUCGCAUCUGCCAGUCAGGAUCUGCAGGUAAUUGACCUGCUGACUGUGGGCGAGUCUCGGCAGAUGGUAGCUGUGGCAGAGAAGAUCCGGACAGCCCUGCUCACUGCUGGGGACAUCUACCUCUUGUCCACCUUUCGCCUGCCCCCCAAGCAGGGUGGUGUCCUCUUUGGCCUCUAUUCUCGCCAAGACAACACUCGAUGGCUGGAGGCCUCUGUUGUAGGCAAGAUCAACAAAGUACUGGUGCGAUACCAGCGGGAGGAUGGCAAAGUCCACGCCGUGAACCUACAGCAAGCAGGCCUGGCUGAUGGGCGCACACACACAGUUCUCCUGCGACUCCGAGGUCCCUCCAGACCCAGCCCUGCCCUACAUCUCUACGUGGACUGCAAACUGGGUGACCAACAUGCAGGCCUUCCAGCACUGGCCCCCAUUCCGCCAGCGGAGGUCGAUGGGCUGGAAAUUAGGACUGGACAGAAGGCGUAUUUGAGGAUGCAGGGCUUUGUGGAAUCUAUGAAAAUUAUUCUGGGUGGGUCCAUGGCCCGGGUAGGAGCCCUGAGUGAGUGUCCAUUCCAAGGGGACGAGUCCAUCCACAGUGCAGCCAGGCCUCUCUUCACUUCACCUCACCCCUCUGACUAUGUUUUCUUCUCCUCUCCAGUGACCAAUGCACUGCACUCCAUUCUAGGGGAGCAGACCAAGGCGCUGGUCACCCAACUCACCCUCUUCAACCAGAUCCUGGUGGAGCUGCGGGAUGAUAUACGAGACCAGGUGAAGGAAAUGUCCUUGAUCCGAAACACCAUUAUGGAGUGUCAGGUGUGCGGCUUCCAUGAGCAGCGUUCCCACUGCAGCCCCAGUCCCUGCUUCCGAGGCGUGGACUGCAUGGAAGUGUACGAGUACCCAGGCUACCGCUGUGGGCCCUGCCCCCCCGGCCUGCAGGGCAACGGCACCCACUGCAGUGACAUCAAUGAGUGUGCUCAUGCUGACCCCUGUUUCCCGGGCUCCAGCUGCAUCAACACCAUGCCCGGCUUCCACUGUGAGGCCUGUCCUCGAGGGUACAAGGGCACACAGGUGUCUGGUGUGGGCAUUGACUAUGCCCGGGCCAGCAAACAGGUCUGCAAUGACAUCGAUGAAUGCAACGAUGGCAACAAUGGUGGCUGUGACCCAAACUCCAUCUGCACCAACACUGUGGGCUCUUUCAAGUGUGGUCCCUGCCGCCUAGGUUUCCUGGGCAACCAGAGCCAGGGCUGCCUCCCAGCCCGGACCUGCCACAGCCCAGCCCACAGCCCCUGCCACAUCCAUGCUCACUGUCUCUUUGAACGCAAUGGUGCAGUGUCCUGCCAGUGUAACGUGGGCUGGGCUGGGAAUGGGAACGUGUGUGGGACUGACACAGACAUCGAUGGCUACCCAGACCAAGCACUGCCCUGCAUGGACAACAACAAACACUGCAAACAGGACAACUGCCUUUUGACACCCAACUCUGGGCAGGAAGAUGCUGAUAAUGAUGGUGUGGGGGACCAGUGUGAUGACGAUGCUGACGGGGAUGGGAUCAAGAAUGUUGAGGACAACUGCCGGCUGUUCCCCAACAAAGACCAGCAGAACUCAGAUACAGAUUCAUUUGGUGAUGCCUGUGACAAUUGUCCCAACGUUCCCAACAAUGACCAGAAGGACACAGAUGGCAAUGGGGAAGGAGAUGCCUGUGACAACGACGUGGAUGGGGAUGGCAUCCCCAAUGGAUUGGACAAUUGCCCUAAAGUCCCCAACCCACUACAGACAGACAGGGAUGAGGAUGGGGUGGGAGAUGCUUGCGACAGCUGCCCUGAAAUGAGCAAUCCUACCCAGACAGAUGCAGACAGCGACCUGGUGGGGGAUGUCUGUGAUACCAAUGAAGACAGCGAUGGGGAUGGGCAUCAGGACACCAAGGACAACUGCCCACAGCUGCCAAAUAGCUCCCAGCUGGACUCUGAUAACGACGGACUUGGAGAUGAGUGUGAUGGGGAUGAUGACAAUGAUGGCAUCCCAGAUUAUGUGCCUCCUGGUCCUGAUAACUGCCGCCUGGUACCCAAUCCCAAUCAGAAGGACUCAGAUGGCAAUGGCGUUGGUGAUGUGUGUGAGGAUGACUUUGACAAUGAUGCUGUGGUCGACCCCCUGGAUGUGUGUCCCGAAAGUGCAGAGGUAACGCUUACGGAUUUUCGGGCCUAUCAGACCGUCGUCCUGGAUCCUGAGGGUGAUGCUCAGAUUGACCCAAACUGGGUUGUGCUCAACCAGGGCAUGGAAAUCGUUCAGACCAUGAACAGUGACCCUGGCUUGGCAGUUGGAUACACGGCCUUCAAUGGUGUGGACUUUGAAGGCACCUUCCAUGUGAACACAGUGACUGAUGAUGACUACGCAGGCUUUCUCUUCAGUUAUCAAGACAGUGGCCGCUUCUACGUAGUCAUGUGGAAGCAGACCGAGCAGACCUACUGGCAGGCUACACCUUUCCGGGCAGUUGCCCAGCCCGGGCUGCAGCUCAAGGCAGUGACAUCAGUGUCUGGCCCAGGUGAGCACCUCCGAAAUGCCCUGUGGCAUACUGGCCACACCCCCGAUCAGGUACGACUGCUGUGGACAGACCCACGAAAUGUGGGCUGGCGAGACAAGACCUCCUAUCGCUGGCAGCUUCUGCACCGGCCUCAAGUUGGCUACAUUCGGGUGAAGCUCUAUGAGGGACCCCAGCUUGUGGCGGAUUCUGGGGUGAUCAUUGACACAUCCAUGCGAGGGGGGCGUCUUGGUGUAUUCUGCUUCUCCCAAGAAAACAUAAUUUGGUCCAAUCUCCAGUAUCGAUGCAAUGACACAGUGCCUGAGGACUUUGAGCCAUUCCGGAGGCAGCUGCUCCAGGGAAGGGUGUGAGGAGGAGGCCACCAGAUUCAGAAUUCAGAAUUUUAGACCCUUUGGCCUUGGGGUCCAUCCUGGAGACCCGGAGGUCUAAGCUACAGCCCCUCAGCCAACCACAGACCAUUCUCUGGCACCUAAAAGGAGUUCAGUCCCAGAGGGGUGGUCACCCCACCGUUCAGGGGAUGAGAAGUUUUCAAGGGGUAUUACUCAGGCACUAACCCCAGGAAAGAUGACAGCACAUUGCCAUAAAGUUUUGGUUGUUUUCUAA